AUGUGGAUUUGGCUGCUGCUUCUACCACUUUUAAAAGCGUUCUCUACGAAAGCCCUUUUCGAACAGUGUAACCACCAAGUGAAACUGCAAUCGGGCCAGAAACUGCUCAUCAACUCGCCCUAUUACCCGGCCCUGUAUCCGGUGGGCACUUCCUGUCGCUACGCCGUGGAGGCUCCCAAGGAUCAGGUGCUGCAGUUUAAGUGUGAACUCCAACUGCAGACGCUUUCAACGGACUCUAAAUGCCGCAAGGAGGUGUUUCACUUCAAUUCCGAGGGCGACGAGGUGUUAACAAGUUCGGAAUACUUUUGUGGCAGCGGAAAAUUCGAGCGCAAAAGUUUUCUCAAUCGUGCGGUGAUUUCGUACAUUUCCAAUGGACGUUCGGAGCCGCCCUCAACAGUCAAGUUAAAGGAUAAACUCUCGGCGGGAACAACUGCGAGUACAACUACCGAGGCACCACAAGAUGUUUCAAUAGAGGAGCAGGACGAGGAAGAAGACGAGGAGGAGCAGGAGGAUUCGGAGAACUCAGAGGAACCCGAGGAGGACCUCAGCGACGAGGUGCUGCACGUGUUGCAGGAUGUGGGCGUCAGUGAUGCCCUGGCCUAUGUGGCCUCCCUACUUUACAAUGACGAAGAGUCCAGAAAGUCUAGCACUACUAUUUACCUUGACGCAUUGCCAAUUCGGAGCAGCUCAAAGACUUCCGUGAAACGUGCUCGGAUUGUUUCCAGCUACCCGCUUGCCCCAUCCCCAUCACCUGGUCCCGGAGGAGGACGCUUCACCUGCCUGGUGGAGGCCUUCCAGCCCACGUGCAGCUGCGGCUGGAGCCGGCUUCCCCGAAUAGCCAGUCCCACCAACGAAGAGGCUUUCCUGCACGAGUUCCCGCCAAUGGCCGGUGUCCUGACCAAGAAGCACGGAAGGGUCUUCUGCGGCGCAGCGAUCAUUCACCAUCAUUAUAUGCUGUCGGCCGCCCACUGCUUUCUUGGCCCGGAGACUAGCAGCGCUGCCAAGCUCCGAGUGGUGGUGGGCGAGCAUGAUUUGGCCAGUGCCUUCGAGACGUUCGCCACCCGCUACUACGACCUGGACGCCCUGAUCCUGCACGAGGACUUCAGCCAGGCGAACGGACAUCCAAAGAAUGAUAUCGCUCUGCUGAGGACGCGAACGGCGAUCGUGUGGAGCCGGCAUGUGGGUCCUGCCUGUCUGCCACUGCAACAGGCGGAGGAUGGCAGGAAGCUACCGCUGGCGGGUCACCAGGUGGUUGCCGCCGGGUGGGGCACGACAUCCUACGGCGGCCCACAGACCCACCGCCUGCUGAAGGCCACAUUGGAUGUGAUCGACGGCCAGCGGUGCAGGCAGGCCUUGACUUCCGCCGGUGGGGUAGCGCCACCGCCGCACACCUUCUGCACCUACACGCCCGGGCGGGACACCUGUCAGUACGAUUCGGGCGGAGCUCUUUACGAGCGGAUCAACGGACGCCUGGUGGCCGUGGGCAUAGUCAGUUUUGGCCAGGGCUGCGCCACUCAGCAACCAUCGGUCAACACUCGCGUCGCCUCCUUCAUCAAGUGGAUUCGGAGCAAAAGCCCCGAGGUGGCCUAUUGUCCUGGCAGAAUAUAG